AUGGUGAUGUUCAAGAAGAUCAAGUCCUUCGAGGUGGUCUUCUCCGACCCCGACAAGGUGUACUGCAGCGGCGAGAAGGUGGCCGGCCGCGUGGUGGUGGAGGUGUGCGAGGUGACGCGGGUCAAGGCCGUGAGGGUGCUGGCCUGCGGGGUGGCCAAGGUGCUGUGGAUGCAGGGCUCCCAGCAGUGCAAGCAGACCCUGGACUACCUGCGCUACGAGGACACGCUGCUGCUGGAGGACCAGCCCACAGGUGAGAACGAGAUGGUUAUCAUGAGACCUGGAAACAAAUACGAGUACAAGUUUGGCUUUGAGCUUCCUCAGGGGCCCCUGGGAACAUCCUUCAAGGGAAAAUACGGGCGUGUGGACUACUGGGUGAAGGCUUUUCUGGACCGCCCCAGCCAGCCCACGCAAGAGACAAAGAAAAACUUUGAAGUGAUGGAUCUGGUGGAUGUCAACACGCCCGAUCUGAUGGCGCCGGUGUCUGCCAAGAAGGAGAAGAAAGUUUCCUGCAUGUUCAUUCCCGAUGGGCAGGUGUCCGUCUCCGCCCGGAUUGACAGGAAAGGAUUUUGUGAAGGUGACGAGAUUUCCAUCCACGCAGACUUUGAAAACACGUGUUCCCGCAUCGUGGUUCCCAAAGCCGCCAUCGUCGCCCGCCACACGUACCUGGCCAACGGCCAGACCAAGGUGCUGACGCAGAAGCUGUCCUCUGUCCGGGGCAACCACAUCAUCUCGGGGACCUGUGCGUCCUGGCGCGGCAAGAGCCUCCGCGUGCAGAAGAUCAGGCCCUCCAUCCUGGGCUGCAACAUCCUCCGAGUCGAAUAUUUCCUGCUGAUCUACGUGAGCGUCCCGGGCUCCAAGAAGGUCAUCCUGGACCUGCCCCUCGUGAUCGGCAGCAGGUCCGGUCUGAGCAGCCGCACGUCCAGCAUGGCCAGCCGGGCCAGCUCCGAGAUGAGUUGGGUGGACCUGAACAUCCCAGACACCCGAGAAGCUCCUCCUUGCUAUAUGGAUAUCAUUCCUGAAGAUCACCGGCUGGAAAGCCCCACCACUCCCCUGCUGGACGACACAGACGGCUCUCAAGACAGCCCUAUUUUCAUGUACGCGCCCGAGUUCAAGUUCAUCCCACCACCGACCUACACUGAGGUGGAUCCCUGCAUCCUCAACAACAAUGUGCAGUGA